CUUUUGUCUCUCUUGUCUGUGAACCAUCUACUACACUACAACCAUCCCUUACUGGAACAGGCACAGUGACAGACAGGGUUAGCUACAGACCAGCCGCCUGCCUCACACAGCUAGAGUACAAUACCAAACCAGCAUACCUGAAAGAAGACAUCUCCCAACCAAACUUUGAACAGACUUCAGCACUAUAGUGAGGUCGCAGGACUGGGAGUGAAGAUGAUUUUAACUACUAUAUUGAUGGUGUCUCUCUAUGGGCUCUCUCUGGCCCAAGGGGAAGGAAUGGAGAGGAUCCAGGAAUGUAAAACCAGAUGCUCCAAGGGCCUCCAUUGCAAAAGUAAAACCCACUAUUCCUUUGCCCCAUGCAGGACCCAGAAAGCAGGCCUAAACACCAGUGUUGUCUUCCACAACGUCAGCCUGUCCACAGUGAUGAGGUGUGAGGGGAAACAGAAGUGCUCUCUUCACUUUCGAGUUCACACUGCUCUUCAGCUCAGUGAGCACAUCCAUGGCAUCUCCAUAUGCACUGUCACUGCAGGGAUGAUGUUGGAAAUCUGUAGGCUCGUCAGCUUCCCCAGAGUAGCCAGAGAGAGACUGGAGGGACAGCAGUUGGAGGUUCAGAAUGACUGCUCUGAGGUGUGGCCAGGUCAAUACGUUCACGUCACUCUAAAGACAAAUCCAAGCUACUGUGGAGUCACCUGGACAAGCACUUACCAAGUCCCAGAAUGUAGCAGCAGAGAUCUUCGGAGUAACAUUCCAGAAUGCAUCACUGGGAGGCUAGCGUACACUGUGGACUCAGACAGAAAGGAGCUGGCUGUGUCUGUCUCAGACAUGUUGGAGGAUAAAGACUAUCACCUGAGACUGUGUCACAGAAAAGACUACACCUGUAGAGACACAGGGGCCAACGCACUGAUCAGAAAGGAGGAUGUGCUGAAGAAUACUACUCUGCAGUAUUCUACACCGUUGCCCUGUCUCUGCAUCGAGGGCUGGUCUGCCACCUCUGAUGCACCCAGAGUUCAAGUCUUUCCCUUCAGAGACAAUCUGGAGGAGUUGUGGUCCGGCAUUAACUUUGACCCGGUGGAGGAGUUGUUGUCAUGGGAACCGGUGUGUCCUGUUGUUGCGGUGAUCUCACUGUGCCAAAAACAAGGGUACGAUGAGUGUGACGAUCUGGCUGGUUCAUCACAGACCCUCAACAGGGAGAAGAUAACAUUCUCCACAGUGGAUCCACACCCACAGCUUUGCAUGAAGUUUACCACAGACUCUGGAUCCUGGAUCCGGUGCCCCUUUGCAGAUGGGAAUUUCCAAGCUUGGGACCUGGGUGUCGACCAGCUGGGGCUGGUUUUAACGUCACGGGUCAGAGCACCCCUCUCUCUUCAUGUGUGUGUGAAGACGGGGACCUCUGCAUGCCACCCAGAACACACACUCCCUGUACAUGUGGAGAAAUCUGCUAAUCUCAACCUGACUGUGGACGUAUGCCUACCAAACACCUGUGUCCAGGUGAAGAGGCUUAACGUCAAGUAUGCUGUCACCAUCCUUCAUUGCCAUAUACGAUGCUUGGACCUAGCGGAUGCCCGUGGCCGUGCCCAUGCCCCUGCAAUGGUUGGGCAAACUCCGGCCUUGCAAGGCUACUUGGAGCUGAUCUGGGUAGUGGUGCCAGCUGUGGCCUGUCUCACUGCUGCUGUCAUAGUGGCAGCUCUAGUCAUCAAAGCCCUAAUAACUGUUCACCAGAGGAGGCACAGAAAAGGACGGCAUGGGGUCUGUACAUUGAAACAACAAACAGAAUCUCAUGCUGUUGCUGUUGACCGCGCCACCCCAGGACUCCAAGAUCAGACUACUCUCCAUAAAGAGAUGCCCAUACCUUACACUCUUCCGUUUGAAAAUUGCGAAAGGCAUAACUUACUGCAGUUUUAAUUUAGUCUUAGAUUUAGUCUUAAAUUAGAUUUUAGCUUCGUUACAUUUUUAUAAUUUAAUCUUUUGUUAAUUUUUGUUAUUUUCAGUUGACAAAAACCCUGCUUUCCUUCAAAAUAGGAGAAUAUGAGCUUUCCCACAAUGCCAGAAGUAUUACUAUACUCCUAAUAUUCCGCAAAAAUCAUUUGUUUUCCCAAUUGGAAAAAGCAACUGCACCUCGCUAUUGCCAACACAGAUUAAUAAAAGUGCACAUGGCACAAUAGAGCUUCUGAUGUGAUCAGAGCAAAAAUUACUAAAAUUAAAGCAAAGAUUUAAAAUACAUUAUUGUUUCUAAUUGAGGUUAGUUUGUUACAAUUUAAGUAUACUGUCUGCGCAUCAGCUCAAAAGAGAGACCGAGAUUAGUGAUUAAAGUGACUGGGAGCCGUGUUUGUGGGAGAGCCAGAUCAAUACAACCAGCCCAUGCAACAGAAAGAUGUUAUCGGCUAAUGAGAGGAUUGCAUUAUAUAUUCUGCACAGGGAUGCAUGCUUAUAAUUGGACAAAACAGAUUUAAAGGAGUUUCAUGUGAAAUUGAAUGUCCAUUUGUCUCACGUGGAAUUCUCGCCUCGUUACAUUUUACAAUUAAAAGUAAUUGGUAAUAGUUAUAGUUUUUUUCCAGAGCAUUUCAUCUCAUCAUUAGUUUCAUCAGGAAAAAUAGGUUGUUGACUACAGAGAGCUCAAACACGAGAUGGCUCAAACAAAAGAUGUAUGUGGCAGGGUCUACAGUCAAUCAUGGAUUUCAAAAAGAAAACCAGCCCCGUCAUGGACAUCAACAUCUUGCUCCCAGACAAAUUAAACAACUUCUUUGCUCACUUUGAGGACAAUACAGUGCCACUGACACGGCCCGCUACCAAAGCCUGUGGGCCCCCCUUCGUUGUGGCCAACUUGAGUAAAACAUUUAAGCGUGAUAGCCCUCGCAAAACUGCUGGCCCAGACGGCAUCCCUAGCCGCAUCCUUACUGACAUAUUCAAUCAAUCCCUAUCCCAGUCUGCUGUUCCCACAUGCUUCAAGAUGGCCACCAUUGUUCCUGUUCACA